AUGGCGGGCCACGGAGGACACGACCACGACGCGCUCUGGGCCAAGCUCUGGGAGCUGGAGCUGCAGCUCGCGGCGUACAAGCUGCUGCACGCCGCGCGGCGCGGGGAGGAGGACGACGCGGGCGCGGACGGCGUGCGGGAGCCCGCGGGGGCCGACGCCUGCCGCCGCGGCAGGCAGUACGACGCCUACAUGCGCCGGCGCGACGCCAGGCGCGUGUCCGUCGCCGCGGUGCACAAGACCCAGCAACAGAAGCAGCAGAGGCAGAGCGGCGUCACGCGCGCCGGCGGAAGGCCGAGCCCGCUCACCAUCAAGUGCGCUGCUCGGGACACACCGCAGGUGAGGAGGACGGUGCCGUCGGGAGUGCCCGCUGCGGCCACCCCGAGGAAGGAGCACGGCGCUCUGCCACUGCCCAGGAGCAGGACGGUGAGCAGCGCCACGCCGGAAGCGAGGCCGCAGUCGCACAGAAGGCGGAACAGCGUCGGCGGCGGCCUGGUCGACUGCGCCACGCCGAGGCCGUUCCUCAGGCGCGGUAGCGGGACCGGCGGCGCGAUCGGGAACCUGCGGUCCCCGAGGGUGCACGACCUUCCCAGCGGCAGCCCGAGCCCGAGGCGGCCGCCGCAGGACCAGUUCGUCCCAAAGGUGGCGGCCGGGCGCCACCUCCGGUCCGUGUCGGAGCUGCCGCUCCACGCGACGGUGGAGUCCCCGAGGUGGGCGGAGACGCCGCGGCCGGCCCAGUCACGGGCCAGGAAGCGGUGGGGCAGCCUGGAGAGCCCGCCGCCGGUGAUCUUCUCGGCCCCGGCGGCCAACCCGCACAUGGACCUGGCCAAGGGGCUCCGCAAGCUGCUGAGCUUCGUGAGGAAGGGCAAGAGCAGCGAGCAUCGGCGCUCGGACGGCGGACGUGAAUCCGGCGACGGGAAGCCCGUGAAGGGGUGGACAGCUUGCUCCGUCCUUGAUGGCCCGUUCGAACGUGCGAGCCUGGAGGAGCACCGGUUCUCCAUGACACGGGCAGUCGGCACCUCCGGAUGA